AUGUCUUCUGCGAGAUCCCCAGGGUACGGGUCCAAUGUGACUGUGGGACAGAAGGACCAGAGCCAGAAACCCACGACAAAGAAUGGAAGGCCAAAGGGGGUCCCCUACAAACGAAGCUACGUGGCAUGUUUGCGUUGUCGUUCCCGCAAAGUAAAAUGCGAUCUCGACGGGGAGCCUCCCUGCGCCAAAUGCCGCCGUGAGCAUCGAGAAUGCGUCUUUAAGAGCGAAUAUAAGACGGGUCGACAGCGGCAGCCUCCUCGGUGGGUGGAAAAGAGCCACGAACCCGAAUUGGUGGCCAACAGCACCCCGGCAUCUGUGGGCCUGACUGAGGAGAGGGAUCCUGCGCAGCCCUCGACGACCAGAGACAAAGGGUGCAGCAGCAACGUUGGCCACCAAUCCGCUAGUCCUCGACCGUCUUUGAUGGAGCGUGCCAUGUCCAAAAUCAUGAUCGUACCCAAAUCCGUGGAUGUAUUGGGCACGCCGUUUCCGGCCGACUCAGCCACCGGACUUGAAGAUGUGACGACCAAUUCGAGCAGCGCAAGCAGCGAGUGCUCCAACCCGCAGGCUGGCUUCACAGAGCAGGCCAACCCAUUCGUCCAUGGCCACUUAGAUCUGGACACCAUCCAUCCCCCUUUGGCGCCUGGGGUAUCUCGACUAUCAACUGUUGAGGACAAGACUCUAGAGGCCUGGAGCCGAUAUAGCCUCGUCCGGCAACGUUGGCUCCUUGCACAAGAAGCCGUCACGCUUGUCGAUCUGUUUUUCAAGUACCUCUCUCCAAUGAGUCCGGUGCUCAUGUCGGAGUUUCAAAACCACUCGACCCAUCAAAGACUGAUCACGGAAGAGCCGAUGCUGUGUACAACGAUCCUCAUGAUCUCGUCACGCUUCUUUGUCUUGCCCGGUGCUGGAGGUGUCGUGCGCAGCUACAUGAUUCACCAGAGAUUGUGGCAGUGCUGCAGAGGUUUCCUUGAGCAGGUCGUUCUCGGACGCGGAACCCACUCGGCCAAAAGAAUGUCAGUCCUCAGCAUCAUCGACAGCUGUCUUUUGAUUACCGACUGGCAUCCUCGAUACGCCGACUUUCCUCCCGAAGACGAGACCAGCGGCGAUCUGUGUCCAAGCCAUCAACCCAACCAGCCCUACGGCACCUCGCGUUCGGACUCCCAUCUGAUCCGCUGGCGAGAAGACAUCCUCGAACCCUCCAAACAGUCGGACCACUUUUCGUGGAUGCUGCUCGGUAUCGCGACGACCCUGGCCUAUAAAUCAGGACUCUUUUCUGACGGUCCCGUCAUUGAAAUAUUGGAUCCCAAGGUCCAGGCCAGGUCCAUACGAACGACCAAGUUGCUUUACGUUUACCUGACCAACCUCUCGGUUCGGCUCAGUUGUCCAACUCAGCUCCCCGAGAAUUCCAUCUCUGCUACCCAAGCCAACUCUACUCUGUCCAGCGACGAUCCUCUAGCAAAGGACUGGGAUUUCUUUAUGGACUGCUGGCUAGAGCUGGUCCGCCUGAUCAAGACAGCCUCUGUGUUAUUCUUCGAGUCACCCGCGUCGACCCAGAAACAGCUCUUGACCGGGCAUUACACCAUUCUGUUAGACCAUUUUCGGCCGUCUCUGACGCGCUGGCAAGAAAAGUUUGCAACAUACUCGAACAGUCUCCCUCAGUCGCUACGAGACCUUCUACUGAUGGAAUUCCAAAACUUGCGAGUCUAUACCCACGCCCUGUCGAUGCAGGCCAUCGUGGAAAGAGGUUUGGCUCGCGGGAUGCACGGUACGGAUCCUCUCCAGACGAACAUUACAUCGGCGUGCUUCUCGAGCUCCGACUACGUCUUCUUGCAGGAGGUUGUCGACGGGGCCAGCGAGAUUCUCAAAACAGCCACUAAAAUGGCCCUGUCUGGCAACCUGCGAUACAUGCCUGUCCGACAGUCGCUCUGUUUCAUCUCGGCUGCUAUCUUCCUCCUCAAAGCUAUCAGUAUCGGUUCGGGGAGCAUCGCGAUCCAGGCGUCCCUGGACAUUCUGGACGACUGUAUUGUGGCCUUGAGGUCGUCUCCCAUUGAUGACAUGGAUUUCUCGGCCAGGUUUACCACGCUGAUCGAGAAGCGAGUGGCCAGGCUGAGAGAGUCGUUGAUCGGGGGAAUGCGCCAUGCCAGCAACAAUAUCAACAAUAGCGAACACCACCACCACCACCACCACAACCAAACCAACCACGACGAAAGCCGGUCGAGUUGCCACGAAAUAGGCGCGGCUGGGGAACCUUCAGGUCUUUUACACGUACAUGCCACUCAGAACCAGGUCGAUCUAGCGUCAGCAGCGGUCACGGAGAACCUCGACAUGACAUCGCCCGGAUGCGCGGACUGGUGGGCCCGACCGUUCGACAAGAGCAUCGCCCCCUUCAGCUCUUCGGGCAAUUUCGUCUCCUCGGGCCUCGAGCUCGACUCUCUUGACUUCUUGUGGAAUCUGCCCAUGGAGAACCAAUAUGGAGAGCUGUUUCCUUGA